UCUGGACGGUAGCCUGGAGAAGUCAACCCGAAACGAGACGCGUUCCCCCCCCCCCCCCCCGCCAAGCUCAUGGCUAUGUGGGUCGUGGGAGGCCGUUUCGGCCUCCGCGGGUGUUUUGUCACAUACAGGCUGCUUUGUUCCCGUUUCCAGAGCCGCGGCUGUCAGGACGUAGAAGACAAGGACAGGAUACAGCCUUCCUCGAAGACACACAAGAUUCCCAAGAUUUACACCAAAACAGGAGACAAAGGGUUUUCUAGCACCUUCACAGGAGAAAGGAGGCCCAAAGAUGACCAGGUGUUCGAAGCUUUGGGAACUACAGAUGAACUGAGUUCAGCCAUUGGAUUUGCCAUGGAAUUAGUCACAGAAAAGGGCCAUGCGUUUGCUGAGGAGCUUCAGAAAAUCCAGUGCACACUGCAGGACGUUGGCGCAGCCCUGGCCACUCCACAGUCCUCUGCCAGGGAGGCUCACUUAAAACACACGGCUUUCGAGGCAGGGCCCAUCCUGGAACUGGAGCAGUGGAUCGACAGCUACUCCAGACAGCUCCCGCCCCUCACAGCCUUCAUCCUGCCGUCAGGAGGCAAGAGCAGCUCUGCACUGCACUUCUGCCGUGCCGUGUGCCGCCGAGCUGAGAGACGCGUGGUGCCUCUUGUCCAGAUGGGAGAGACCGAUGCAAAUGUGGCCAAGUUCUUAAACAGACUCAGUGACUAUCUCUUCAUGGUAGCCAGAUAUGCAGCCAUGAAGGAAGGAAAUCAAGAAAAAAUAUACAAGAAAAAUGAGCCAUCGGAAUGAGCCUGAGGCCCUUGGAGAUGAGGGAAGGGAGCAUCCCAGGCCCCUCCGCAGUGAUGGUAAUGGUGACGGCAGAGGAGAGCUUGCCUUCUGGGACCCUGGCUCCUGUGGCGCUCACCUGAGGAGCUGAAAGUGGGUCUUAGGUGCGGACUCAGCUUUACCUUACAUCCCCUGCUGCUUCCCUGGAGGAACUGGGGGCCCCAAGACUUUUGUCCCUGCCUCCCCAGGCUGGCCUUGGUCUUUGAGGAAGUGGGAAUGCAUUCAGUAUUACAGAAAAGAAAGGUAAAGUGAUGGCUACGAAGUGAAGGAGGCAGGUGGAGAAAAGAAUAAAUGUGGGAAAGGCUUGA